AUGUUGGUCAAACGUCUUUUUCCAGGUGUGGCCGUGGUCACUGGCGCUGGGGGAUCCGGUAUAGGAGCUGCUGUAGCUCGCGCUUUUGCGACAGCGGGAUGUGAGAGGAUCGCAAUCACAGACUUGAAUGAAAAGACGCUUGAGCAAACUAAGGAGGCUAUCGCCAUCGCCCACCCCAAUACCCAACUGCUUGCACAUCUUGGGAACGUAGCGGAUGACCAGUUCGCUGAAUUAUUUAUCGCCAAGGUCGUGAAAGCAUUCGGCCGAGUUGACUAUGCUGUGAAUUGUGCUGGUGUGCUAGGUUUACCCAUGCGAUCAGGGGAAACCAGCCUUGCCGAAUUCGAUCGCGUCAAUAAUAUUAAUUAUCGGGGGUGUUGGCUUUCUUCUAAAGCACAGCUCACACAAAUGCUUGCACAGGAUCCGCUUCCCAGCCAUGAUCCCAGCCGCCCACCACAGCGCGGUGCAGUGGUCAAUAUCGCAAGUCAGUUGGGUAUUGUCGGUCGGCCCAAUGCGCCUGCUUAUUGCGCGUCGAAAUCUGCAAUAAUUGGAAUGACUCGUGCGGAUGCGAUUGAUCAUUCCAAAGAUGGGAUCCGAGUGAACUGUGUCUGUCCUGGAGUUAUUGAGACCCCCUUGAUAAUGGAGAAAAAAGAAGUCCGGGAGGCCAUUACCCCUGCAGCCCAGAUUGCUCCAAUGCAACGAAUGGGAAAGCCCGCUGAAGUGGCUGAUGCGGCCCUUUUUCUUUGCUCAACCCAGGCUUCAUUUGUCCAGGGUCAUGCCAUGGUUGUGGACGGAGGGUACAUUACGGUAUAA